AUGGGAUUUGGGAGUUUGUUAGGGAUGAAGAUGAUUGACAUACCAUUGAAGAUUCUUUAUUAUGUUCUUGAUCAUUUUAAUUUUGAAACGUUGGAGGUGGAGUUUGAGAAUUGUCAAGUUAGUGUUCAUUGUAAGUCUACUCAAGAGAUGUUAGGAUUACCAUUUGGUGGCUCAUUACUUUCAAAUAUGGAUUACAUUUCGGAGAAUACUGAACAGAGCUAUAUGUUUGAAUGGAAGAAACAAUACGAAAAUAUUGAUAAAUUGAGAUUGAAACAACUAAAGAAUGAACUUGUUCAAAGUAGUGUUGUGGAUGAUAACUUCAUAAUCAAUUUUUUGGUUCUUUUUAUUAAUACUUUCUGUGAGUCUACAAGCAUUUGUAAAUGUUAUCUGAAUCCAUUGUAUUUAAUCAGAAUAUAUGAUGAUUUAAGUAGCAUUGACUGGUGCGAUUACAUUGUGGAUUGUUUCGUAAGCACGAAGAAGGUUUACAAUCCAGAGAAAGAAUCUUCUUUCUUUUAUGGACCAACAACAUACCUUAUGGGGGAUGGAAGUAGUCCACAUGAGGGCAAUAUUGGUAAAAAUCAUGUAGACUGUAAAGUUGAUGAUGUUGGUAAAAACAAUGAUUUGUUAAGUCAGAAAGAUGAUGAAGAUGAUGAACAAGGAAAUGGAAGUGGAUGUAACAAAGAAGAGGCCAUGAAUUUAAAUUCUGUUGUCGAAAAUGUUACUAAGAGUGUGGGUCUAAAGGAUAGCCAGGAAGGUGUAUCUUUUACUCAAUUUAUUUGCGAUCUAGUUGUUGAAAGUAUUCUUAAAACUUUGGAUCAAGGUACUGAUGGUUGUAUAAAUCAGAAACAAGUUGAAGAUGAUGUGAAUGAGAAUUUGACUGGUUUUGAUGAUGGGACUAUAAAUUUGGGUGAGGAUGAUCAUAAGAAAAAAGUAAUUUUAGAUCAUAACGUUGAUAAAGUUAUUGUAGCAAAGAAGGAUGGAGAAGAAAAUGUUGAAGAUUGUUCAAAUAAAAACAAGGAUUCAAAUGAGACUCGAUCAUUGAAAAAUGAGAUUGUUCCAAGUUUUAGCCUUGGAUUUAGUCAAGAUUCUGAAUGUUCCAAGAAGUCAUUUCAAAGUCAAAUUUUUUCUGAAUGGAUGACAAAGAAAAAGAUUAAGGAUAGAGUUUAUUUUGGAAAACCAAGUGCCGGUCCAGAGUGUCUUAUUCCAAAUGUUGAUGUUAUUGAUGCUAGUCCAGCUUCUUUUGCACCCCCUUUGUGUACAUUAGAAGGACCAUUAAAACAUGUUUUUGGCAAAACUAAAUAUAUAAAUGAAGAAGCAAGAUCAGUAGUUGUCACACCCUGA